GUGCUUUUGAAAUAAAAGCUUGCGAAACUUUUCAUUUUGAACGAUAAAUCUUAAACCGCAAGUGCACGGUGAACUUGAAUAUUAAUUAAGUUCUUACACAAUUGGACAUUUAUAAUUACUUGAUGGUUUGUCCGCAUUUUGGUAUAAAAAUACUGAACCAGUCAACACGCACAGCACGACAAUCAGCCAGGAUGCUUGAAAUGGAUUCGAGAAUCUCUCUCCAGUCCCUCCCGGACUCUGAUGUUUUUUCACCAUGCUCAAUAGACCAUCAAGAUGUAUUUAUGUACGAUGAUGACAAGCAUGGACCAAGAUGUGGGAUGGAUGGUUCAGACAGCCCGACCUUUCUUGAUAUUUCAAACAGUAAAUCCGCAUCUAUUCCAGAAAUUAAAACAGAACCCGACACUGACACCCUAAUGAGCUGGACACAAAAACACCCCGAGCACUGGUCUCAAAACGAAAUCUUAGACUGGAUCUAUUUUGUUGCUAGUACAAUAGAUGUAGACCCGACUACCAUAAGAGGUGAAGGGUUCCAAAAUAUUACUGGACCCGAACUAUGCCGAAUGACGCUUGAUGACUUUCAAAGGCGGGAUCCAGUCAACGGAAAAUGUUUCUUUGAUAUGUUUAGAUCCCUUCACAGAGAUGCUUUUUUCAUUGAACCAGCCGACUGUGACUACACAUCGUCAACCUCUUCCAUGUUACAUCUUCAACAUGAGGUUAAACAGGAACCAAAAUACAACCCCUGUCCAUAUUCCAGUCAGGAGGAGAAUUUUGUAACAACUGGGCAAGGUAAUGACUUACAAGUGCUGCUAGGUACUGACUGGUAUGAUAUUGACACAUGUGUUGAAAUCAAUGACGAGGCCCUUGAGAAAAUCUCCCGCCAAAUUUUCCCACAUCCCGAUUACGGAUACGGAAGUUCCGAAUAUGGCAGUUCCGAUUCAGAAUCGAUUAGCGACACUUCUGAAAACACAAUGGAUUUGUAUACAAGACUACAUGGUCGAAACGACUCUACUGGAUCUGACGUAAUGUCAGAUGAUGAUUAUGUCCCAUACCCGGAACCAACCAAAAAGAAACCAGCUACCAAGAGGAAAGUGUCAAAACCGGGUGAGCAGCAGAAACCACAAAAUCGUGGCAGGAAACCGGGCCAAAUUUCCAAAGGAAAUCAUCUCUGGGAAUUCAUCCGUGAUUUGCUCAAGGAUCCAAAAUCAAAUCCACACCUUCUACGCUGGGAAGAGCAGGAGACUGGUGUUUUCCGUUUUGUCCAAAGCGAGGCUGUUGCUCAAAUGUGGGGCAGGAAGAAAAACAAUCCGGGAAUGACGUAUGAAAAAUUGAGCAGAGCAAUGAGGUUUUGUCGGACAGCUGGCUACUUCGCGGAAGUGCCAAAAACGGGCAAAUUUCCAAAGAAAUUGUGCUUCCGUUUUGGCGAGAAAGCUUUCGGCUGGAAGGACUAAAAGCACGGGAUGCUUUAGAUAUUAUUACAAGAGAGGGAUCCUGGAUAGGGUUGAUGGACGACGCCUUGUGUACAAGUUUGGAGUUAACUCGCAUGGUUGGAAAUAAAUUAAACCAAAUGCAUUCAAGAUCUCCCAUUGUAUCACAGCCAGUCAGCCGGUCUCAAGUGCUGCAUAGGCCAAAUUGUCUCCCAUCCCUACAAACAAUUUAUUGGAAAAACACAAUACGAACUCUCUUCUAGGCCAAAGUCCUCAAUUUAAAAUCUGGUUGCAGGCCACUAAAAGGCAAAGAAGGCAAAUGAGGGACGAAGAGUCGUGACGUCAUUGUAGUCCGAUCGCUAGCUGUACACGUCAGAAAACAAUUACAUUUGACGUGAUUUUAAAAAAAAGUGCUUCAAACAUAAAUUUUCAUCAUAUUUGUUUCGUCACGAAACGUGACACGUGUCAUUAGAUGACGUUUAUUACGUUGUCAAUCAUAAUUCCUUAUUUUAUUGUCAUUUCAAUCAAUCAUACCAUUCUGGAAUGUAAUUCCUUCAUGAAAUCGAAUCUCUAAUAGGAUAUGUUAUUUCAAACUGCAUAGUUAUAAAUAUACAAGCAAAAUGGUUUCUUAUCCAUGACAAAUUAAAAAGAAAGCAAUGACAAUGAAAAAAGGACCGAUAAAUAAUAACAAAUUCUGCUUUGCUACUUAAUGUAAAUACUUAAAACAAAAAUGCUGUUGUAUAUAUAAGAACUAACAUUUUUCAACAACUUUGUAAUAUAUUGUUGGCGAAGAUAAUAUAUAUCAAAUUAUUAUAUUAUUAUUUGUAGAUCUACUAAAAAGUGUUGUUCUCAAAGCAGGUAGAAGAAUAUCUUCGGUUAUAGUGUGCAAAUGAUAAAGAAAACACCCACAAAAAGCAGAAAGUAGUCUUGAGAAUUUACUGAAAAUGUUGUUUAUAUUUUAACAUCCAUUUUCAUAUUGUUUUUUAUUUUUUUAAAAAGUUAAAUGGAAAUUAGAAGCAAUACAAAAGUAUCCCAAUUUGCACAAUUCAUUUUUUUCAAGAUUCCUUAUUCAUAUAUUCAGAUAAACUUUAUGGGUAUAUUUUUGGGCAUUGCAUACGUUGAUGUUCUAUAAAGACAAGUGGCGGAUCCCGGCUUCAUUGCAGGGAACCAGGUAUAAACCAAAGUACACCAAAUGUGUUUGACUCCGCCACAAAUUAUGUUUGUAUAACUAGGCCUCCGGGUUAGUGCAAUAUCAAAUGAAUUAAUAUAUGUACAACUUUCUUAUUUGUAAUAAUGAUGUUACAAAAAUUAUAUUGUUUUAAUAUUACUAGUGUAAGUUGUAAUUGUAAAAUGUUUAUAUUUUUGUACGUAAAAUUGUGAAAAAAAUAAAUAUGUUAAAUCCA